CAUAAUGAUGUUACAGUGUCAAUAAAAGUACAAAAAUUCAGAUCUCGUCAUGCAAAGUAUGUACAUUAUAAUUGUACUCGUGUUUUGUGUGAAUGCCGGCAUGGCUAUAAACGUGACCGUGAACCAAGCAGAGUACCAAUGAAGAUGUUAAAACGUCCCUCUGAGAAAAGUAGAAAACUACAGAAUUAUGUACAGGGCUGUUUCAGUAAAAACGUACCAAAGUCAUCGGAAGUCCAUGAUCUUAUCAAAAAUAAUGCAACACGAAAGAAAAGUACACAAGAGUCAGGUUUGCACAAAAAAUGAGAAGGAAACCAAUUUUUAGAACAAGAAACGUUAACUCUUCAAUGAGAUAUGUCCACAAUUCAAGAAGAGAUAAACAUGGAAAGAAAUAUCUCAAAUACUUAAGGUUCUUUUCGUGGGAUUUCCCAGACAGUGAGUACAAGGGUGUAAUUCACAGAGGUAAUUUUACAAUGUAUGGAAAACUUGCGGGGUGUCACGCUUAACUGGGAAGUGUUGUAUUUACAACACAUUUUACGACUAGCUUAUGCUAUAUGCAACUUGUGUCUAUACUUUAUUUGCAACUGUAAAAUUACCAAUAAUGUUUUUGAAAGUUUUGUCCAAAUUUGCGUGGAAUCUGGGUUGGCGGAAUCAUCUAAAUACUCUGUGAGGGACCGUGAAACACACUUAAAUCAAAACAACAUUGCUUUAUUUAUUAUUCGGAAUCGAAAAGAUGCGAAACAACCUCGGUUAAUCUAACAAACACGAAAUGUGUUGUAGUGAUCACACGAAAUGUGAACACAGCAACCAGACUUGAGAAGAUGCAAACCGGCCACGCUAUCGUCGCGACAGCAUUGCAUUGUUGUUAGACUUGUAAUAAAUGUGUAAUAGUUUUAAUGAUACUUACCUCGUUUAGCUUUAUUUAUGAAAAUAAGACUGAAGAAUUUACGAAACCACGAUUUGAUCACACUUUUGAUUAUUUAAGACUUAAUAAGAGAAUGCGCUUCAGCUUCGAGAUCGAGUUUGAGAUAGUGGAAGAUUCCACAAAGCGGGGCCGAAAUAAGUUGGUGGACAGACGUGGUUACACUUACAACGUUAAAAGACGUCAAGGCAGAAACACUGAUUGGCAGUGCACCGUUAGACCGAAGGUACAUUUUUACAUUCAUUUCUUUUAGUUUUUCAAGCAGAAGAUCGUAGCGCUUGAUCUAAUGUAACUGAAAAUCUGUUGAUGUGAGGCAAUCGAAAAAUUGUUGAUGUAAUGCUAUUGAAUAUUUGUUGAUGUAAAGUAACUGAAAAAUUUUUAUCUAAAAAUUAGAUUAUGCGUCCUCUCGCUAUAGUUGGCCUCAUAAUCUGGUUGUUGUAUUUUAAGUUCUCCAUAGGGUAAUGUCUGUAGAGUUUCUGUAGUUGAGAGGGCGUCAGGCGAACUUGUCUUGGCUCCCACGCCGCACAAUCACCCGAGGCAGGUGGGCGCAGGCUCAGCAGCCCGGAUUACUAAAAGGACAGAAAAAGGAGGCUGUUGCGAAUUUGUUUAAGCCGCUAUCUGCAGUCGUUAACGAGGUGCUAAUGGAGGAGCAGACAGAUGAUCCCUGUCCCAGUAUGCCAAAGCCGGUAAACCUCGCCAAAGCAGCUAACCAUCUUCGGCAGCGAUUGAGACUAGCAGAUUCUGUAGGUUUCGAGUUUGAAUUCCAGCCCGAACACAUCCCUGAGAACUUUCUCCGUGGAGAUAUUAAAUAUGUGGCCGUCGUCACCUUAUCUUCGCCACCCAUGCAGCAACAGCUAGAGGUGUUAUGUAGCGCCAAGGCUUGGUAUAUCGACGGUACUUUCAAACUUUGCCGAAACCCCUUUAGCCAGCUACUAACCAUCAACGCGUUCGUGCGAAGUGAUUCCUGUGCGAAGCAGGUGCCGCUCCUGUUUGCGAUCAUGUCAUGGAGAAAGAAAAGCGACUACAAAGCCCUGAUGAAAGCUGUAUUCGAGUUGCUGCUAAGAACACCAUCCGUGAAGCGAACGACACUUCAUUACCGAAGAGCAGUUUAGAGUGUCCUUCGAAAACUCAUGCCGGCAGUGACGAUCCAGGGCUGUUGUUUUCAUAGGAAACAAGCCGGCCUAUGGAGAAAGGUUCAAGAACCUGGCCUACAAUCGUCAUACCAUCACGACCGAGGUACUUACCAAUUGCUUCGCAAAUUCAUGGCCCUACCAUUCCUUCCAGCCGGCGCCAUUCUAGAAGCGUUCUUCAAGCUGAAAAGAAAGGCCAACACAGACCAGCUGAAAGCCUCCGCCAACUACGUAGAACAGAACUGGAUCGUCAUCAACACCUGGCCGCUGUCCUAUUGGAGUGUUUACCUAAGAGCCAUCCGGACAAACAAGGACGUAGAAGGAUGGCACAACGGGCUCAACAGACGAGCGCAGGGAAAAAGUUAGCUUCCCUUGUACAUGCUGACCAGCUGCUUCACGAAGAGAGCCGCCUGACGACCCUCCAAAUCCGAAUGGUUUCGAAGCAUAAACUGUGCAGACUCCCGCGACGAACGUACCGGCAGCUGCAAGCAAAGAUGUUUAGCCUGUGGAUUCAGUACGAGAACGGUGACCGAACGGCGAAGCAGUUGCUGCGAACGGACCGCGAGAUAAUUAACAACCCAACUGUCGAACGAUCUUAUUAGUCUCUUUGAAGGGUUAAAGGUCAUAGUAACAUCAUAGAUACGGAUUGGAUCAAGGGAUCU